AACAAAUAUUUUCUCGAUGACCUCUUUUCACAUCAAAUUGUAUACAUAAAAGUACUUUUUUUAAUAUUUAUUUCUAAAAGUUACGGAUUUAAAAUUUUAUAACGAACACUGCAUCGAUCUUUUGACGAAGUAGAGAUUUUGAUACACAGAAAGUAUGACUUCAUUUCAAAUUUCGGCACCGGGUAGGGUUUUCUUAUGCGGAGAUCAUGUGGUGAGUUUUGGAAAUCAAGUUGUGGCGGCCAGCUUAAAUCUUCGUACCACGCUAAAGUUCCAUAAAUUACCUCUAGAAGAAAGAAUCGUUAAAAUAGAAUUGCCUAAAGUCGAUAUAUCUUUAAACAUACCUUUAGAAAGGAUUACAAGCUUAAUUAGCGACGGCGAAACUUUUAAUUUGAUAAUCGAUGAGUAUUCCUCCUUCCUUAGAUACGUGCGAUAUUUUAAUAGCUUUAACCAAUUAUGGACAACAUUUGAGCAGAAAUUUAGCUUAGAAAUUUUCUUUUUCCUCUUAUACGUUAUCGCCCAGAAUGAGAAACUCGCUAUACAACCUUUUUACGUGCACUUGACCACGGUUUUACCAAUGAACGCUGGUCUUGGCAGUUCGACGUCAUUCGCGACAUGUCUCGCGGCGUGCUUUUUACAUUGGUCGUAUCUAGAGAGAGGUGACCACAGUGGAUUUACACCGGAAAAAUUGGAACGAAUUUCGGGAUACGUAAUGUCUUAUGAGAAAAUAUUAUGGCAGUACAAGCAGGAUCAUAUCAUAUGCACAUAUGGUCAUGUAACAGCAUUUCAAUAUAGAGAUCAGCUAAACGUUCAGCGUGAAAUCAUAAAUACGCCAGAAAUAAAUAUUCUCCUGGUUGAUGCAAACAUUUGCCUAGAUAAGAAUCAACAGAUGCAACAACUGACCGACAUGAAAAAUAGAAAUGACAAAGCCUUGAAUGACCAUUUAAGUGAGAUCAAAAACAGAUCGCAAAAUAUGAUUUCAACACUAUAUUUAAUCAGGGAUUUGAGAAUAAACACGGAUUUACGGAUACACGGAUUAAAAGGAUCAUAUCAAGAUCUACAGGCUAAUCUUUCUUGGAAUCAAAUGGCGCUAAGUGGCUUGAAUUUGUCGCAUUCAAAUUUCAAUACUAUUAAUUCAAUUGCACAAAAUUGUGGAUUCGGAGGGAAAUCCACAGGAGUUGGAGCUAGUAAAGCAAUAAUUCCAUUACUGCCGAAUUCUUAUCAUUUAAUAUCUUACAAAAGGAAAAUUUCUAAACUUAUGAAGAACUUGAAUGAAAGCAAUUUUAAUUCCCAAAUUACUACAAUAUCUUGCACGGGAGUGCGACUUGAAUGAGUACAUCAAAAUCGCACAUAAAUAAUUAAAUAAUAUGAUUCAUUAAACUAAGCGAAAACAAUGUAGUAAA